AUGGACGAUCUCUUCGAGGAGUACCACCGCCAUGUAAAGGGCAUUCUGGAGAAGGUAUCCGAUCAGCUUAGAGUGUGCGACCAAGGAGCGAUCGGAAGCUCGACUACACAGCGGCAAAACAUAGAGCAGCUCAAGAAAGUCAUCUCUUCCGCUGAUGAAACGGUCAGACAGCUGGAGCUGGAAGCUCGCGCCUCAGACGGAGAUAUCGCAACUACGCGCAUUGAAGAGAUACGCCGAAUAAAGUCGGUCCUCAAAAAUGCAUCGAAUCGCACAAAAGGCCUGGAAAUCGAACUGGAGCGGAUGCAGCUCUUGGGCAGCGGCAGAAACAAGCAGCCAGAGGGCGGACACUACAACCAGCUGAAGGAAAAUGACAGGCUCAUACAAAAGGGUUAUGAGUACCUCCAGACCUCCUGCGCGAUGGCACAGGAGACGGAGAUGAUCGGAGCCAGUGCCGCGGGGGAGCUCUACGAGCAGCGCAACGUCUUAUACAAUGUACAGAAGGAGGUUCAGGAGACGAAAUUCUCCAUCAAGGAGGCUGAUGCCUACCUUACCAAACUGCUCAAGCAGGGCAGGCUAAACGCCGUCGUCAUGCGCGUGGUUUUCGGGGGCAUAUUGGUGGCCGCACUAAUCAUAGCUAUAUCUAGGUUAUUACGUACGUUCACGUGA